UCCUCUGAUUGCGCGCCACGCACCUGUUCACCGCUGUUACUUCAUUUAAGUGAUAUCUGUUCAUCGUUUUAAACCGGGAGGUUUACUGUCUGACCUGAAGCAGGGACUCAACUAUGGCGCCAUCAGCUCUGCAGAACGGUGGAUUCAUCCUGGGCUUGAUUGGAGCGGCGGCCCUCAUCGCAGCCACCGCCAUGAACAAAUGGAGCGUGAAGGACCGGCAGGGGGACGUGGUGACGUCCGUGUACACCUACAAGGGUCUGUGGCAGGACUGCGAGACGACAACCUCCGGAUUCACAGAGUGCCGCCCGCUCUACGGCCUCCUGGGCUUCUCAGGUACCUUCCAGGCCGUGAGAGCCCUGAUGAUAGUGGGUGUGGUGCUGGCCGUGCUCGGAACUGUGAUAUCCGUCUUCUCCCUGUCCUGUCUCACCAUGAACAAGAUGGAGGACACCACCAAGGCCAAGAUGAGCCUCACCGCCGGCAUCAUGUUCAUCAUCGCUGGUGUGUGCGGUAUUGCAGGAGGUUCCAUCUACGCCCAUCAGAUCGUAUCCUCUUUCAUGAUGUCCAGUUACUCUAACUAUGGAGGAGGCUACGAGCAGGGGAUGAUGGGGGGAGGGAUGGGGAUGGGGAUGGGGAUGGGUGGAGGAAUGUCAGGGGGACUUCCUAGAUACACGUUUGGCCCUGCUCUGUUUGUCGCCUGGAUCGGAGGGGGGGUUCUGCUCAUCGCUGGCAUCCUGAAGUCUGUGUCCUUCAAAGAGAUGGUGAAAGAUGAUGAAAAACCACGGUACCCGGGGGUGGUUUACAAACCUCAGUCCCACAGUCAAACCGAGGUGAUAGAUCACCAUAUGGAGCAACGCAAGGGAGAGCAGAAGUACGUGUAAGCUUCGAGAACAGAACAGAACAGUCUGUGUUUGCCAAGGCGUCGAGACGUUUUUAGCGGUUUCAUAUUUUUCAGAUUUUCUAUUUCCAUUUUCCUCAUAAAUACAUUCAUACAUACAGCACAUCUUUACAAUCUGGAAACAGAAUGGAGAAAUAUUUAGUUUGUACAUCCGAUUGGCACCUAAAUGUUUAUAAAUGCUGUAUGACACUGUAUGAAAUUGAAGCCUUUUUUUUUUUACUUGUGUUUUUGUCAAAUCAUUUAUAUAUUUUUGUUUUUAAGAAUAAAACGCUGAUUUGUGAAAUGUUACAACAGACUUAACUGUAUUGUAUUAAAUGCAUUUACUGAUGAUUAGUA